CAACACUAUUGAGUGAAUGAAUGAAUCGCUUGUUAUUUCAUCGUCUCAUUGAUUCACUCAUUCAUGCAUUCAUUAGUCAUUCAAACGAUACACACAUUUGAAUAGACAUUCAUAGCAUUCGUAUACCGAUUGGUGUGUAUUGUCUUCGCGAGACAGACAGCGAAACACGUGUCCAUCACUUGUCAACACAUCCGCACUACACGUGACUGCGAAGGCGAAGACACCGAUCGACACGACUCGUGAGGGAAGAGGGAGUGAAACGGCAGUGAAAUGCAGACGAAGACCAAUAGCCGGCAAACUGGUCCGGGAGGACAACAGUGUCCGCUGCACAAAGUGAUCAUGGUCGGCUCCGGUGGUGUCGGCAAAUCAGCCCUCACACUACAGUUCAUGUACGAUGAGUUCAUCGAAGACUACGAGCCGACGAAAGCGGAUUCGUACCGAAAGAAGGUGAUCCUCGACGGCGAUGAGGUUCAGAUCGAUAUACUGGACACCGCGGGUCAGGAGGACUACGCGGCCAUUCGUGACAACUAUUUCCGCUCCGGCGAAGGCUUUCUCUGUGUCUAUUCGCUCACCGAAUACGAGAGCUUUGCCGCAGUCAACGAGUUUAGGGAGCAAAUACUGCGAGUGAAAGGCGACGAUAAUAUACCGUUUGUUUUGGUCGGAAAUAAAGCCGAUUUACACGAGAGACGGAAGGUUUCCCUGGAAGAGGCCCAUCGGGUGGCAGAGCUCUGGAAAGUACCCUACAUUGAGACCAGUGCUAAGACACGGCAUAACGUGGACACAGUAUUUUAUGACUUAAUGCGUGAGAUUCGCAAACGUAAGCUCACAGACGGCGAGACGAGUAAUGGGCCCAAAAAAGCCGGUCGUAAGAAGAAGAGGUGUAUUAUAUUGUAAAUUGAGAUCAAAUUAUAUUCACAAUCAAACCGAUGUCUUGUUUUGGAGGAACGGCUCACACGUAUUGACGGAUGUUUUAUAAAGUUUUAGAUCUAAUGAUAAUAAUAAUCGUUUAAUUUACCUUCAAUUCUGUGCUGUUAUUCAGUGAUUGAUAUGACAGUAGAAGUGGGCGUAAGAAUAGGCAUAAGUGAAUGGUUUUCUAUAUUUUAUAAGUAAAUACAUUUUAGUUUCUCUUUGAAAAGUGAUUGCUAUAUAAAGUCUACUGUAUUUUUUGUUACAUAACUCGCAUAAUAAUAUUGAUUGAAAUGAUAUCUCAUUUUUAAAACAAAUAAUUUAA